UUAGCAUUUUAUUGCAAUUGGCACGUGAUCGAAUCACAUGACAUUGACGGGCUUGAUGUGAAAUCGACGACGCGGCGCGAUCGGGCGACGAGUUGAAGAGCAGUUGCAAAAGCGUCUCCGUUUUCAGAAAAAAAGGUCAAGGAUUUCACCGUCGACCGUCCUGCUGUGUUGAAAAAAAGUGACAAGGAAAGAUGUUGAAGAUCUUUCUAUUUGCACUGGUGGCCUUGGUUUGCUACACUGCCGGGGCACCAAGUACCAUGGAGGAUGAGGCCAAACACUGGGCAUUGCUGGUAGCCGGCUCCAGUGGCUGGUACAACUACCGACAUCAGGCUGACAUAUGCCAUGCCUACCAGGUACUGCAUGCUCACGGCAUUCCAGAUGACAACAUUGUUGUCAUGAUGUACGAUGACAUUGCCAACAAUGAGCAAAAUCCAGACAAGGGUGUGAUCAUCAACCAUCCCAAUGGACCUAAUUUGUACCCUGGUGUGCCCAAAGACUACAAUGGUGAUGAUGUGACUCCCAAGAACUUUCUGUCAAUUCUCCAAGGAGACAAAGCGGCAAUGCAAGGCAUUGGCAGUGGCAAGGUCAUCGCUAGUGGACCAAAUGACAAUGUAUUUGUUUACUUCUCUGACCACGGAGCCACGGACCUGGUUGCCUUCCCUACAUCCACGCUUUCUGAGAAGGAACUUAAAGAUGCUCUGACUAAAAUGGCAGCCGAGAAAAAGUUCAAGAAGUUGGUGUUCUACCUGGAGGCCUGUGAGUCUGGGUCCAUGUUUGAUAGCUACAAGAUUGACAAUGUCUUCACAACCACAGCUUCGGGUCCAGAUGAAUCGUCCUAUGCUUGCUACUAUGAUGAAAAACUAGAAACGUAUCUGGGAGACGUGUACAGCGUGAAGUGGAUGGAGAACUCUGAUGUGGCUGACUUCAAUGUUGAAACUCUGUUGAAACAAUUUGGUAUUGUGAAGGCGGAGACCAACACAAGCAAAGUCCACAAAUAUGGCGACAUGUCCUUUGAUAAAGACACACUGGGACAGUACCAGGGAGAGGGUGCAGAGGUGAAAUCGGCUGAAAAAGCUGCACAGUUGACAGAAGCACCUCUUGAUGCUGUGCCUAGCCCAGAAGUUCCCAUGGCGAUCUUGCAUCACCGUUUAAUGGCCGCCCGGGAUCCACGCAAACGCAGCGAGAUACUGCAGGAGAUCACUACCCUUGGAAAGAACCAGCAAGCCAUGGUGUCGGUGUUGCAAGCAACUGUCCAGACUGUCCUAAAUGACAACGGAGACCGGGCGGACAAAGUAAUGACCCGGCAUGGCGUCCAGGUGACCAACUGGGACUGCUACAAAACUGCCGUCGAGCAUUUCUCUGAGAAAUGCUUCCCCUUCCAAAAGCAUGACUAUGCUCUGUCGCUGAUGUACAUCUUGGCUAACCUUUGUGAGGAACGUGUGCCUACAGAGUUGAUCACCACUGCCCUCGAUGCACAGUGCCAGUAAAUCUUGUACGGCGUAUCGUUAUCCUGCCUCAGCUACGAGAGCGCUGUUGGUGGUUGCGCAUUUGGAACCCAGCGAAUAAUGGAAUGUAGUCAACGGGAUGAGCAUAGUACUCAAAUCGGUAGCUGUGAUUAAGUACUGAAAUAUAUAAUCAGGAUUUUUGAUUGCUGUGUUUUGUACUGUGUAAUGAACUUUAUAAAUAGAAGAUUUUUUAGGUCAAUGUUGAAUUUUUUUUUUUAGAAUAUGCUUGUUUCUCUCAUAAAUGUUUGUUUUUAAUGAUGCAAAUAAGUGGUUGUGAAUGAUUUUUAAAACUUAAGAUUUAUUUUGUACUUUGUAGUUGUUUGUUUUGCUAAUUAUAUUAUUACGGUGAAAGGGGUGGUUUGUUUUGCUUAUGAUAUUAUUGUGGUGAAAGGGCAUGUUAUUUUUGUAUACAAUAACUUCUUUUUUUAUUUUUGUAGUCUGUUAGUUUUUACAUUCCACUAUUAACAUGUAUGUCAUCCUAAGCACAUGCACAUUUUCAAAGACAGAACACUGCCGAUAUAUUGCUGCAAUUUUUUAAAGUUUUAAAUACCUCUGCAGAUUUUACUGUAAAAAAAAAUAUAUAAAACUCACUGGCUUUUUGUAUAAAGGGUUUAUUAGAGGUCAUUGUUUAAAUAUGCUUCAAAUAUUUCUUUGCCUACAGAAUUUGAUGGAUUUUAAUGUAACUUCAAUGGAGUCGAAGCUCAAGGUCAUCUACGUUUUUUUUACUAUUUUUGAAGAACACAAACAUAGGGAUUGACCGCGAAAAAACCCGACACGUGCGAUCCGUGGAUCACCUUGUUUUCCCCCUGAUAUUUUGUCUUUUAGGUAGUUGAUGGCAGCUUGUGGUACGAUUUUUAACAUUUAUUAACGGUAUCUGUAGUACUCGGAAUGCAGAGGCAUAUCAGUUGUAUGUAUAACCCAGUAUGACAGAUUUGCAAAAGUUGCGGAAGAAAAACCCCUUACUUUUUGGUAUUUU